AUGAAGUUUGCCACUGCACUUUCAGUCCUUGCUGUUCUCGUCGCUGCCGGCUCGGCCGUCGCAUCGCCCGGACACUUUUUGUAUGGCCGCGACGUUGCGUCGGUCGAGAUUGCGAGCGGCUACUCUAUCGACAGGCUUGCUCGAAGAGGAGGAGCCUUUUCCAAGUGCUGCGGUGGUGGACGCGGAGGAAGCAAUGGAGGACAGUCUGGAACGGAGCUGCCCAACAUUCCCAACAGCAGGCCUCCUUCGUACGCCAGCAACGCCCCCUCUUACCAGAGCGCUGGAGACCCUCCAGCAUAUGGCGCAGCCACGCAGCACAUUGCAGGCGGAGCAGGCUCUCAACGCACCAGCACCGACUCUUUCCUCAACAACAACCAGCAAGGCCAAUGGGGCGCCAACUAA